AUGCAAGCAGUUUGGAAGAAAGCCGCCUUUGCCAAAGAGCGAGGCCUCUUCAGAGCUGCAACAGCUGCAGACGUGACGUGGCAUCUCUGCAAGUUGACAUGUCUGAGCUUGGAUCCAAGCUACCACCAUUCGAUCUAUGAUUCCUUGACUAAAGUUUCCAAGGUUGACGUAUUUGUCAGCCAUUCCUGGUCAUGCCCAGUAUGGCGCAAAGGCCUUGCUGUUUGCCAUUAUCUAAAUCUUGACUCGGCCCUGGCCUCAUCCUUCCUCGCGAGCAUCGUGGCAGUUUCGGUGCUUGUGCUGCACGCGGGAAGCUUCAGUGCUGUGGCACUUCUGCCACCGGGUGCGUUGCUCGGCUGGUUGCUUUUCUGGCCACUCUCCGUAUUCUUCUUGAUGUACCUGUUUGGACACGUCUUGGCCGGCAAAUCGUUCUGGUUUGACCACAUCUGCGUCGACCAAGCAGACCUUGAAAUCAAAAGUCAGACGCUUCAAGCAAUACCGGCCUUCGUGGCACACUCAACUGAGAUGCUAGCUUUGUGGGAUGAGACGUACAGCCAAAGACUUUGGUGCAACUAUGAGUUGGCCGUGCACGCCAAAACUGCAGAACGCGCUGAAGCAAUAACAGUUGUACCUACGUGGAUGCCUUUGUGGACAUUGUGUUGGUUUGCCAUGACCGCGAGCCUGUGCGUGUUCAAUGUUCAGGCUGCUGUGUUGGAUAAGGAGUCACGUGUUUCACUCUUGGUUUCAAUGAUCAGGAACUACGUUGUUCCUCCAUACGCAUUCUUGUUUGCUUCAGUUCCCCUUUCAUGGUUCAGCUUGGAAAAGCUCAAACGGCACAAGUCCAUGCUCGAUGAGAUGGCUCUUUUCGAUUUUGGCAACGCCAAAUGCACCCUGGAGACGGACCGGCACGAGAUCGAGGAGCAAGUCUUAUGUCUUUUCGAUGAGGCUUUGGCACCUCCCAUUCGUGUUGCAUUUGAUGGUCUGGAAGGCUCGGGAGUUCCGAAACUGGAGCAUAUGGACGGUGCUGACGGUGUUGAAGGUGCUGACGUGGCCUUGCUGGCAGAAGCCAUUCACGAGAUCCGGCACGUCACCAGCUACCCUUCGAGAGGCGAAGUCAUACAAUGCUUCAAUGCGUAUGUGAGAGGUCCGUUGAGGGAUUCUGUGCUCAAAGCCAUGGGCAACGAGAAUCAGAUUCCAAUGAAGUUGUCCAUGGUUUUGAGUUUUCCUUUCUGGUUUACAGGACUGGUAAGUGUAUUUGGGUGCGACGGCCGGACUGAUUGCAUGACAUCCGCCUCGGCUUGGGGCUACACGUCGGUCCCUCAGUAUAUGGCUGCAAACGCAGUCUGGGAACUGCUUGUGUCGCCCACCUUCCUGAUGCUCGUGCCACCAUUGAUGCUGCGAGCCGGCCAAUUUGCAGAAGAAGCUGUGUCAGACCAGAUGUGGCAGUUGGUGUUGGUCUCGGUCUUGGGUGCCAUGAUCUUCUGGAUUUUGGAUGUGUUCGCGACCGUGCAAUGGGGCCUGUUUAUUCUUGCAGUUGCCAAACCAUCACCUAUUUGGCUAGCUGGGGCGAUAUUCGGUUUCAUCCUCCUUUUUGGGUCGAUCUGGCUUCUGUAUUUUUCAAAGGACUUGCCUCACUCCAGCCAGCGAUCACUUGCAAAUUGCUUUCGAGAGAGCAUGUGA